CUUCAGCAGAGUGUACACACUGUCAAUGAAGACCAGAGUGGAUAUUACAAGGCAUAACAGAGGAACAACUUCUCACUCCAUCUUUACAAAAGUGAAGACCUGCUUUUAGGCUACAUUCAUUUAUAAUCAAUCGGAUUAAGCGACAUCAUAUUGCAGCUGAACCAUGCCUGUGUCUAGGAUGAGAAUGAGACCUUGGUUGGAGGAAAAGAUUGAGUCCAACACCAUCAGUGGAUUGGUGUGGGUGGACAAGGACAAUAAGAUUUUCUCCAUCCCAUGGAAGCAUGCUGCACGUCAUGGAUGGGACUUGAACAAGGACGCAUGUCUGUUCAAGCAAUGGGCCAUGCACACAGGGAAAUUCAUACAAGGCGAGACUAAACCGGACCCUAAGACAUGGAAGGCUAAUUUCCGCUGUGCAAUGAACUCCCUUCCUGACAUAGAGGAAGUGAAAGACAAAAGCAUCAACAGAGGGAGUGGAGCGGUGCGUGUCUACAAGAUGAAGAACGUCCACUCCAAGCCAAAUAACAAGAGGUCAAAAGCAAACACUGUAAAGAAAAAUAACAAGGGGUCACAGAUCAAGACAGAGGGAAUGGUGUACAGUGAAACCAUUUGCCCCGAGGACCUCAAUACCAACACACACCCGCAGGAGGACAGUAUGACACAGGAAAGCAUAGUAGACAGCACAGACAACCUAGAUGAUUUCACAUUUGCUCCAGAGUGUUCCACCAGUGUGGAAAUAGGCCCAGACAGCACCAACAACUUCUACACAUCUUUCCAAGUGUCACCAGACCACCCCACAGACUAUGAAGACAGUCACCAAGAAACCCUUAUUGAGAUGACACAGCAUUGGGAGCAAGGCAGUGUAAACGACAAGGGGUUCCUGAGCAAUGAAGUAGAAACUUCAGAGUCCUUCGACACUGCAGAGUCUUACCACAGUCCAGAGAGCCAAUGGAGUGAUAACUCAGGGGCGGAAAUAGAGCUGCGGCUGUACACAGAACUCAUCUCAGGACUUCCGAUCAUUGACGAUAUCCACCCUUACACCGACUACUGGUCACUGAACAACAACACAUCCAGUUAUCCCCAACAGAUCACAUGCCCACUCUGAGGCCCGCUCUCUCAGACCCUGAACAGAACCAAAAGACUUCAUUCCCGACUUUUUCUUGAAGUCAUGACCUCAAGCUACACCAUCUUUGGCAUUUGACGAAUGCUGCUCUGUGACAGUUGGAGGAUCUCUAAAACCUUUGGUAGCAUUUUUGAAAGGAAGUAUGUCUGGUACUCUCUACUGUGUUUCCAAUCUUUGUUAAGUCGUGCUCAUAGCUGUAUUGUACUCAGUAUGAAUAGCUCAUUUACAAGAUCCACAGUUGAUAUGAUGGCACCUAGCCCGUUGCCAAAACAUCACAUCAACUCUCGCUUGGAUGAGCAACAUCAGGUUUUUCUGUUUCACUGUGACAAAAUGUUCUGUUAUUUACACACUAUAGGGUAUACAGCAGUAUAUUCCCGGACGAUAAUCAUUCAUACCGAACUAUUUUGAGAAAAUGUCUUUUCAUUUGGUGAAAGGUGUUAAAGAUGUCAUUUUGUGUAUAUUUGUAUAUAUAUUUUAUAUCAUAGUUUUUUUGUUUGUACAAAUUAAAUUAAAUGCCAACCUAUUGUGA